UUCCUUUUGUGUUUCUGCAGUGGUUAAGUAACUGUAAAAUAACAUUUGGUGAAAAAGGUGGAACCCACAGGCCCAACACAGAAGCCCAGCAAAUGGAAAUUCUAGCAGAGCUGGAAUUAUGUCGGAGGCUCUACAAACUGCACUUCCAGCUGUUGCUGCUGUUUCAGGCGUACUGUAAAUUGAUCAGUCGUGUUGACACUGUCAAGAGAGAGGCAGAGGUUAUAAAUAUGUCUGAAGAGCUGGCUCAGCUGGAGAGCAGCUUGAAGGAGGCGGAAGCCACAGCAGAACAAAGUGAUGAGGAGAUGACAAUCCCUGAAGCCAGCACUGAGACUGCUAUUCAUUCUCUCAUUGAAACCUUGAGAAAUAAGGAGUUUGUGGCUGCACUAGCACAGGUCAAGACCUUCAGAGCUAUGUGGCCAAAUGACAUCUUUGGUAACACCAACGACGACGCAGUCCAGACCCUGCUGCACAUCUACUUCCGUCAUCAAACGCUGGGCCAGACGGGCAGCUUUGCCAUUGUGUGCUCCAACAAGGACCUGUCGGAGGCCGGCUCCAAGCUGAUGGAACUCAACAUGGAGAUCCGCGAGUCCCUUCGAAUGGUGCAGUCCUACCAGCCCCUGGCACAGGCCAAGCUUCCCGACAUCCCCGGUGUCAGCCCAGGAUUCUAAGGCUAUAAAAUAGAAAGAGGGUGCCUGAAGACACUAGUACACCUUUUCAUUUGUGCUACACUUUCCACUGACCACAUACCGACGAAAGCUAAAAGCUUCAACACAGUUAUCCCUGCAGCAUAAUGAAAUGAUCAUGCAUACAUUGAGGCAAUAUAAAGACUAACCAUAAGGGCUAACAUAUUUUCAACUUCUUU